AUGCUGGUUUCUGGAAUUUUCCUCUGGGCCCUGACGGCCGGUGCCGUCUCUGCGAAGACCUGCCACAACAUCACCGUGGAGGUCCCGGUCACCGCACGGAACGGUCUGUUCGACAAGGUGCAAACCCCCAAGACGAACAGCGAGGCCACCGCAUUUGCCAUUUCCGCGACCAAGCAGGGUGGCAAUGGAACCCAGGCCGCCUUGUCGGGAUACCACACCGUCUCUGGCCACUACAACAUCUCGGCCCAGUAUUGCGUGCCCAAGCAGGCCAAGGGCAAUGGCCACACGCUUCAGAUCCUCACUCACGGUAUUGGAUUUGACAAGACAUACUGGGACCUGCCCUACAACAACUACAACUACUCUUACGUGGACCAUGCACUGUCGCGCGGCUACCACACCUUCUCUUACGACCGACUGGGCAUCGGCAAGUCGUCGCACGGCGAACCGAAGAACGAGAUCCAGGCCUUCCUGGAAAUCGAGGCGCUGGCCGAGCUCACCCGCCAGCUGCGCAAGGGCACCGUGCCCCAGAUCCACGAGAAGCCCGCUAAGAUCGUGCACGUCGGCCAUUCGUUCGGCUCGACGCAGAGCUACGCCCUGAGCGCCAAGUACCCGGACAUCUCCGACGGCCUGGUCCUGACAGGUUUCUCGACCAACGCCACCUACAUUCCUUACUUCCUCGCCGGCGCCAGCUUCCAGCAGGCCCGCCUCAACCGCCAGUCCCCCGGCAACCUGACCAGCCGCAAGGGCCUGGACUACAGCCUCGGCUACCUGACCAGCGCCGACACCAGUAACAACGAGUUCCUUUUCUUCCAGCCCCCCUACUUCGACCCCGGUCUGCUGCUCUUCGCCGAGCAGAACAAGCACCCCGUCGCUGUCGGCGAGCUCUUGACUGUCGGCAGCCUGCCCAUGCAGAGCAAGUUCUCGGGCCCUGUCCUUGUCCUUACCGGCUCCAGUGACCUCCCCUUUUGUGGUGGUGACUGUCUCGCUACCGGCGGCGCCGCGCCUUCCAUCCCUGCUGAGGCUAAGCUGGCUUUCCCGGCUGCGAAGCCCUUCGCGGCUCACAUCCAGCCGAACACUGGCCAUGGCCUUAACAUGCACUACAAUGCUACGGCGGGCUACAAGUACAUUUCCGACUUCUUGGGUGCCCACGGCCUUGCGGCUGAGAAGAAAUAA